UCAACAAGCAGUGUUCCAACUACAACUACUGCUUCAUCAACAACCACCACUGCUGCCCCAACAACCACCACUGGCACAACUUCAACAACCACUGUUAAAACUAAAGCUACUGCUUCAUCAACAACCACCACUGCUUCCCCAACAACCACCACUGGCCCAACUUCAACAACCAUGGUUCCAACUACAGCUACUGCUUCAUCAACAACCACCACUGCUGCCCUAGAAACCACCACUGGCCCAACUUCAACAACCACCACUGGCCCAACUACAACUACUUUUAUCCCAUCAACAACUGGAGCCCUAUCAACAACUGCCAGCCCUUCAACAACAAGCACCACUCAAACUACAACUGCUGCAGCAACCACGACUGCUGUAUUGAAAACAACUGAUGACUUGACAACAACCACCAUUGGCCCAACUUCAACAACCAGUGUUCAAACUACAACUACUGCUUCAUCAACAACCACCACUGCUCCCCCAACAACCACCACUGGCCCAACUUCAACAACCAUUGUUCCAACUACAGCUACUGCUUCAUCAACAACCACCACUGCUGCCCCAACAACCACCAUUGGGCCAACUUCAACAGGCAGUGUUCCGACUACAAGUACUGCUUCAUCAACAACCACCACUGCUGCCCCAACAACCACCACUGGCCCAACUUCAACAACCACUGUUCCAACUACAGCUACUGCUUCAUCAACAACCACCACUGCUGCCCCAACAACCACCACUGACCAGAGUUCCACAACCAGAAUUCCAACUACAACUACUGCUUCAUCAACAACCACCACUGCUGCCCCAACAACCACCACUGGCCCAACUUCAACAACCAGUGUUCCAACUACAACUACUGCUUCAUUAACAACCACCACUACUGCCCCAACAACCACCAUUGGCCUAACUUCAACAACCACUGCUCAAACUUCAGCUACUGCAACCACCACUCCAACCACAACCACAACUACUGCUGGCCCAACGUCAACAAUUUCCACUCCUUCAAUACUAACCACUGCUCAAAUUAAAGCUGCUGAUGCAACCACGACUGCUGUACCAACAACCAACAGCCCAAGUACAACAACUGCUGCUCAAACUACAAUUACAAGUAUUCCUACAACAACUGCUCCCCCAACAACCACGACAACAACCACCAUUGGCCCAACUUCAACAACCAGUAUUCCAACUGAAACUACUGCUUCAUCAACAACCACCACUACUGCCCCAACAACCACCACUGGCCCAACUUCAACAACCACUGUUCCAACUACAGCUACUGCUUCAUCAACAACCACCACUGCUGCCCCAACAACCACCACUGACCAGAGUUCCACAACCAGAGUUCCAACUACAACUACUGCUUCAUCAACAACCACCACUGCUUCCCCAACAACCACCACUGGCCCAACUUCAACAACCAUGGUUCCAACUACAGCUACUGCUUCAUCAACAAUCACCACUGCUGCCCCAGAAACCACCAUUGGCCCAACUUCAACAACCACCACUCCAACCACAAUUACUGCUCCAGCAACAACCACCACUGCUGCCCCAACAACCAUAAUUGGGCCAACUUCAAUAAGCAGUGUUCCAACUACAACUACUGCUUCAUCAACAACCACCACUGCUGCCCCAACAACCACCACUGGCACAACUUCAACAACCACUGUUCCAACUACAGCUACUGCUUCAUCAACAACCACCACUGCUGCCCUAGAAACCACCACUGGCCCAACUUCAACAACCACCACUGGCCCAACUACAACUAAUUUUAUCCCAUCAACAACUGGAGCCCUAUCAACAACUGCCAGCCCUUCAACAACAAGCACCACUCAAACUACAACUGCUGCAGCAACCACAACUGCUGUAUUGAAAACAACUGCUGACUUGACAACAUCCACCACUGGCCCAACUUCAAGCUCCAGUGUUCAAACUACAACUACUGCUUCAUCAACAACCACCACUGCUGCCCCAAAAACCACCACUGGCCCAACAUCAACAACCAGUGUUCCAACUACAACUACAGCUUCAUCAACAACCACCACUGCUGGCUCAACAACCACCAUUGGGCCAACUUCAACAAGCAGUGUUCCAACUACAACUACUGCUUCAUCAACAACCACCACUGCUGCCCCAACAACCACCACUGGCCCAACUACAACAACUUUUAUCCCAUCAACAACUGGAGCCCAAUCAACAACAACUUCUGCUCCAUCAACUGCCAGCUCUUCAACCGCGAGCACCACUCAAACUACAACUGCUGCAGCAACCACGACUGCUGUAUUGAAAACAACUGAUGACUUGACAACAACCACCAUUGGCCCAACUUCAACAACCAGUGUUCAAACUACAACUACUGCUUCAUCAACAACCACCACUGCUCCCCCAACAACCACCACUGGCCCAACUUCAACAACCAUUGUUCCAACUACAGCUACUGCUUCAUUAACAACCACCACUGCUGCCCCAACAACCACCAUUGGCCUAACUUCAACAACCACUGCUCAAACUUCAGCUACUGCAACCACCACUCCAACCACAACCACAACUACUGCUGGCCCAACUUCAACAAUUUCCACUCCUUCAACACUAACCACUGCUCAAACUUCAGCUGCUGAUGCAACCACGACUGCUGUACCAACAACCAGCAACCCGAGUACAACAACUCCUGUUCAAACUACAACACCAAGUAUCCCUACAACAACUGCUACCCCAACAACCACCACUGGCCCAACUACAACAACUUUUAUCCCAUCAACAACUGGAGCCCAAUCAACAACAACUUCUGCUCCAUCAACUGCCAGCUCU